CUGUUUUGUUGUGAACGUCAGGGGCAUUUCUUCUUCGAGAAGGCUCGUAAAGCAGAUGAGGAAGCAAAUGAAAAGAUUUUUGAAACUAGCAGUAAUGUAGACGCACAAGACUUUAUGAUGCUUGACUUGCAUGAGGUUGGUGCCAAGGACGCCAUACGGCUUUUAAAGUGUCAUCUGUCUUCACUUGCAGGCAUCCCUUGCAUCAAGUAUCUCAAGGUUGUGUUAGAGGGGAAUGAUGAAGAUAUCUCAAAGGGAGCUCGAAGACGAUUGGUUAUGAAACUAUUAGAGAGAGAAUCCAUCACCUGGAGCGAAGAUGAAAAUAUUGGAACAAUUUCAAUUCGCUUGGAUAUUGUUGACCCGAAAAGUUUGAGUUUUGCUAAAAAGUAGGAGGGGACUUGGCUUCGAAGAAUUUAUCUGUGUUCAACUCCAAUACCUUAAGUCAUUACAUCUUUUUAUUGAAAUCGAACAAAUAUUCUGAAUAUUAAUCUUUAAAAUUUAUAUGUAUGGAUAUUAAGAUAUGUAUUUUCCAUUCUUUGGAAACAUGGAUGGUGCAUGAAAUAUAGAAAUAACAAUUGCAUGGGAUUUUCUUGUUAGCAA